AUGACCGGAACGGGCGCUCCUGGUGGAGGAUCCAGUGCAGGCUUCAGCGGUCAGGCACCACAUCGGUCGUACGAAGAACGGGCCGCGGCGCGCGAACAGAUGAUGAACAACAUUCGCGAGACUUCGCAGCAGGACCGCCGCGUCUAUGUCGGCAACCUAUCCUACGAUGUCAAGUGGCAUCAUCUCAAGGAUUUCAUGAGGCAGGCUGGAGAGGUGCUCUUUGCGGACGUGCUGCUGCUUCCAAACGGAAUGUCCAAGGGCUGCGGAAUUGUCGAAUAUGCCACUCGAGAGCAGGCUCAGCAAGCAGUCGCUCAACUCAGCAACCAAAACCUGAUGGGCCGGCUUGUUUACGUGCGAGAAGAUCGCGAAGCUGAGCCUCGAUUCAUCGGCGCGACCGGUGGAAACCGUGGCGGAUUUGGAGGGGGCAUGUCGGGUGGUUUCAACGCCGGCUACGGCGGAGGCGGCGCUCCUGGAGGCGGCGGUCGCCAGCUGUACGUGGCCAAUCUUCCCUUCAAUGUGGGUUGGCAAGACUUGAAGGACCUCUUUCGACAAGCCGCUCGGAUCGGUGGUGUGAUUCGUGCCGAUGUCCACGUCGGUCCAGAUGGCCGGCCUAAGGGUUCGGGCAUUGUUGUCUUUGAGAGCCCUGACGACGCUAGGAACGCGAUCCAGCAGUUCAAUGGCUACGACUGGCAAGGUCGUAUGCUCGAGGUCCGGGAGGAUCGUUUCGCUGCGGCAGGCGGAAUGGGCUUCCCUGGACGCGGUGGCUACGGUGGCGGCAUGCGUGGAGGCUUUGGCGGCGGCGGCUUUGGCCGCGGUGGCUUUGGAGGUGGCCGUGGAGGAUUCGGAUUCGGCGGCCGAGGCGGUUUCGCAGGCGGCGGCGGCGGCGGCGGCGGCGGCGGCUUCGAUGCCCCAGCCGCUGCCUCGGUUCCCCCGAACCCGUUCACCGACCACGCCACCGCUGGCACUGAGAGGAGCGAGACGAUUUACGUUCGGAACCUUCCUUGGUCUACCAGCAACGACGAUCUGGUCGAGCUCUUCACAACCAUUGGCAAGGUGGAACAAGCCGAGAUUCAGUACGAGCCCAGCGGCCGGUCUCGCGGCAGCGGUGUUGUCCGUUUCGACACCCCUGAUACCGCCGAUACCGCCAUCGCCAAGUUCCAGGGCUACCAGUAUGGUGGCCGUCCUCUGAACUUGAGCUUCGUCAAGUAUCUGAAUCAGGGCGCGAGCGACAGCAUGGACACGGAUGCCCAUGCGGGCCUCACCCAAGACCAGAUUAUGUGA